AUGCUUGAAAAAGCACGAUCGCACCCCAUAUCUGAAAAUAUUGCAAGAAACUCCAAUACUCGAGCUUCCCCGACCUACGAAAAUGCCAAUAGUGAAGGCGAUGAAUUUGGCCCUGCACUUCCAAGUAGCGCCCUGCAAAAUAUAACGACAGAGACCUAUGCACGCAAGCACGGUCCAUCGAGUGCAAAGAUGCAGGAUCUACAAGUCCAGCGUGAAUUAGCAAGAGAAGCAGCCGAAGAAGCACACCGAAGUCGUGUGGAAGCUAUGCGCGUAGAAAGGCGCGUAGAACGACAUAUUCAAAAAGAGCGCCUGGAAGAAAUUGCUCCCCGGGCCGAAGCCGGCACAAGGGAGCGUCAACUCGAAAAGAAGCGUGAGAAGGCGGACUUGAAUCGCUCUUUUGCCGCCGCUGCGCACGACAAUGCAGAUGUUGAGGUCAAGGACUCGGAUUUGAUGGGCGACGGAGGUGGUCUUGACGAUCUCAAGAGGAUGAAGCAAACGGAGGAGCGGAAGAGGAGCGAGAGGGAGAUGCGGAGGGAAGAGAAUCAAGCGGCGCGGCGAGCAGAGACGGAGGAGAGAUUGCAGGCGAUGAGGGAGAAGGAGGCCAAGACUAUGAGCAUGUUGAAGGAGCUUGCCAGAGCUAGAUUUGGUGGUGGAGCUUGA